UCCAGUUUGGAGUCUCUCCACUCCAGUGACUCCACCAGCAACAGUUGUUGUCGUUUGUCUUUCCACUCAAUUUCAUUUUCCAGCCGUUUAGUAUUUACUCUUACUACUCAUCAACUGUCACACUUUUCCUCUUUAUUCUUGUCCUUUAUCUCAAAAUUCCGAUCUCAGUUUCCUUCUACAGGAAACAAGAACAAUCAAAGUAAUCUACUUCCUAGGGUUUGCAGUUUCACCCAAUUCAAUCUUCUUCAAGAUGGCUGCAAAUCCUGAAGAUGAAUUAAAAUCUCCUUCAGCAUCAACCCCACAAGAUUUCCCCUUUAAUCAGGACAUUAAGCAAAAUAAGAGAAGAGAAACCUCACCUGAUCAGCAUUCAAGGCGUCCAAACUUGUCGUCACUGCAAAUACCUGAAAGGUCCAUAGAAAAUUCAUUGAUCAAUUCCGCAAGAACAGAUAUAGCACCAAGUCCCAGUUCUACAAGAGCAGGCCUACCUCCAAGACCAAAUUCAGCGAAGUACAAAGCAUCUGUUAAAAAUUUGCUUCCCCAACGCAGUCUUAGGACAAAAACUUUGUCUCACGAAGGAGAGAAGACCGUUCUUCUUGUUCCAGAGACAGAAUUGUCAGUUGGUCCAGUCGACAAGCCUUCUACCUCAAGAUCGUUUUCUCUGACUAAGGUGUUCUCCUCGUCAAUGGCUAAAGGCACAAACUCUAUGCCAGUAACACCUGUUGCAAACUCAGGCGUCGAAUCUUUACAGGGAAGACAUCUCCAAGAUCAUUCUGAUUUUCCUAAACAAGCAGAUCAGAAGCAUAUAUCACGCUCCUUUUCAGUUCCUGUUAAUGUCAAAACGAUGGCAACUUUAAGGAGAAUGGAUUCAUCAGGAGGUCUGAUUCGUGUAAUUUCAACUCCUCGUCCUGUAAUGGUUGAUGGAGGAUCGCCAGAUGACAUUGGUGCAGCGGCCACUGCGACUGAAGAAGCAACUGAGGAUAUUCCUGAAGAAGAAGCAGUGUGCAGAAUUUGUUUUGUCGAACUCAAUGAAGGGGGUGAAACUCUUAAAUUGGAGUGUAGCUGCAGAGGUGAACUUGCACUAGCCCACCAAGAAUGUGCAGUGAAGUGGUUCAGUAUAAAGGGUAACAGGACAUGUGAUGUCUGCAAGCAAGAAGUAAAAAACUUACCUGUAACAUUAUUGCGAAUAGAGAGUAUUCAGCAGCAGACUGUUAAUAGACAGACGGGGGUUGUGGCACCACAGAGGGAAGUUCCUCGAUACAGGGUCUGGCAGGACGUGCCGGUUCUUGUCAUGGUCAGCAUGUUGGCGUAUUUCUGCUUUCUGGAGCAGCUUCUGGUUUCAGAUCUGGGGUCUCGUGCUCUCGCUAUAUCUUUGCCCUUUUCCUGUGUUUUAGGCCUACUAUCAGCCAUGAUAGCUUCUACAAUGGUGAGCAAGAGUUACAUUUGGGCUUAUGCUUCGUUCCAAUUUGCGAUCGUUAUCCUGUUUGCUCAUAUCUUUUAUACUGUACUUAGUGUGAACCCGAUUCUCUCAGUUCUGCUUUCUUCGUUCACUGGUUUUGGAAUUGCAAUCAGCACGAAUUCUCUGCUUGUGGAGUACCUAAGAUGGAGAACCAGCAGAAAUCCGCAAACUGCUCAUCAACAAAACCAAAGAGGAGUACAGCAUCAGUAUCAUCGUCAUCGUCAGCAUCAGCAUCAUCAACAACAACAGCAGCAGCAGCACCAGCAACAACAACAACAACAGCAGCAGCAGCAACAAAGGGAGGAUAUUGAAACUGGGACAGUAGAUAGGCCUAACAGGAGUCUCGAAACCUGACAAGGGAACACUAAUGCCGAGAGUAAAAAUGAGAAGAGUAAUUUUCCUCCACACUCUGCUGUGAUAUAAAACAAAAAAAAGAGAAAAAAAGAAGAAGAAGAAGGUGAUUGUAAAGGAAUGAGAAUAGUAAAGAAAGCAAAUGUGAAUUAUUACAUCCUUUGUAUAAGCAAUUUUCAUACUAAGGUAAAGAAAAAGUAGUACUUGAGAAACCCCUGGUUUCAUUCAUAUAUAAUUCGAUCGCGUCCUUCAUUUUUGUUGUUUGUUUAUAUAAUGGUGAAAAUGAAAUGCAACUUGUGUU